AGAGUCAAUUGAGCUACCGCCAAGAUGAGAGUACUCACCCGUCUCCUCGCUGCGCCAACCACUAUCGGCUCCAAAGCAAGCCUCACCACCGAACCUCUCGCUCUCCUCCCUCCAAUUCCCCUGUACCGACGUCUGCUCCGAGUCCAUCGCAAGAAGCUACCACCACAAAUGCGUCUAUUGGGUGAUGAAUACGUGAAGAGCGAGUUUCGGGCACAUCGAAAUGUUGAUAAUCCUAUUCACAUUGUCGGCUUUUUGACGGAAUGGCAACUGUAUGCUCAGCAAUUAGAGGGCGAUUCUUGGCAGGGUGGUAAGCUGGACAAGGCGAAGCUCGAUAAGAUGAGUGAUCAACAAAUCGGCCAGCUUUACGAACUCAUGCAAGCCAUUCAGAACAAAUCCGAAGGAGAUGGAGAGCGAGAAUGAGUAGAACGAAGCAAUAUCGCGUUUGCUACGCCGAGCCUUGAUUCAAAAUCCGCAACUUCUCGUUCCGGUCGUGUCCAGUCGUUUCAGCGUGAUAUUCCUUUGAGGAAUAGAACUUUCAGAUAGGACCUUCAUCUCGCAGUCCAUAGGUAAGGCUCAAGCAUCAGGCUGCUCAGAUAAGAUUGGUGACGACAAUCCAGAGCAAAGGAAUGAGUUGCGGCUAUGCUCGAGCGACUUUCAAGAAGGCCUGUUAUGAGAAGCAGCAACGCAAGUUUCAACCUCGUUAUCGGAAAUCGAUCCAAAGGCUGCGGU